AUAGAUGUCACAACUUUCUAGGUUAUACAUCAUUGUUAUGAAUUUCUGUUCUGUCAAUGUCUAUCUUUAGUCCAUUUAAUUUGGUAGAAAAUGAUAUUUUAUGUAUGAACCUUUUUAACAAUUUAAAUUACACAUCUAAACGAAAUGAAUCUAAGUCAAACUAGCUCGUGUAGUAAUGGGUUAAAUUAUGUAGGUUUCAAUCAAGAUCACGGUUGUUUUGCUUGUGCUACAACAACUGGCUUUCGUAUAUACAACUGUGAUCCGCUAAAAGAGAAAGAACGCCAAGAUUUCGAUAAUGGCGGAGGUCUCAGUUUUGUCGAGAUGUUGUUUAGAUGUAAUUAUCUUGCUUUGGUCGGGGGUGGUCCAAGACCGCUAUAUCCCACAAACAGGGUGAUAGUAUGGGACGAUUUAAAGAAGACGUCGCCCAUUUCCUUGGAAUUUAACGCUCCAGUGCUGGCUGUUAGAUUAAGAAGAGAUAGAAUAGUUGUAGUUUUAGAAGGAGUAAUCAAAGUAUAUACAUUUACACAAAGUCCCCAGCAACUGCACGUAUUCGAAACAAGCUCAAAUCUCAAAGGUUUGUGUGUUUUAUGCCCAAAUAGCAACAACUCAAUAUUGGCAUUUCCUGGUAGAAAAACAGGGUAUGUUCAGCUUGUAGAUUUAGCAAAAACUGAAAAAUCCCCCUUAGACAUUGUCGCCCACGAAGCGAAUCUUAGUUGCAUAGCACUGAAUCAGCAAGGAACACUAUUAGCUACUGCAAGCGAAAAGGGGACGCUUAUAAGAGUUUUUAAUACACAAACUGGACACAAGGUGACAGAACUGCGAAGGGGAAGUAAUCAGGCAACUAUAUACUGUAUCAACUUUAAUAAAAGCUCAACUUCCCUUUGUGUAUCGUCAGAUCACGGAACAGUCCACGUUUUCGCACUAGCUGAUCCGAAGCUGAAUAAACAAUCUUCUCUAGCAAAUGCCAUGUUUUUACCUAAAUACUUCUCUUCUACAUGGUCCUUCUGCAAAUUUUCAGUUCCAAAUGGGCCGCCUAGCAUAUGUGCUUUUGGACCUGAUGAUAAUUCAGUCGUUGUUAUAUGUGGUGAUGGCUGCUAUUAUAAGUUUGUGUUCAACCUGAAAGGAGAGUACGUUCGAGAAACAUGUGCCCAAUUCUUAGACAUGACUGAUGAUAGCUUGUAGUGUCUCUAAUAUUAUAUUAAGUACAGAUUUAUUUUUUUAAUAUACAGUGAAUUUAAUAGUACUGUUGUAUAUGUUAAGAAAUAUGAACAAAUGGAGAACUUCCUGUUAUAAUGAUGCACAUAUUCUAUAUACAUGCGUAAUUUUUA